CUACUUGGCAAAAACAACCACAAAUGGGUUCUAGACUCCACGCGACACUAGUUAAGAAUAAAAACAAAUGAACAAGUAGGAUCACAGUGUUAAGCCAUAGCCAUAGGAGAACUUAUCCAAUCCAAAGAAUGCUUAAUUAAGGCUUUAAUAUAGCCAAUAAGCCAAGCCUGAAGCCGAUGAACAGCCAGUCAUCUGCAUUUUCCCAUAGAGAAAUAGCCCUAAAAACGACGGAGGAAUUGCAGAGAACUUCAAGCCGGAGCACAAUUCCUAUACUUGAAUCGGUCUCUCAUUCAUGGCCAAACCGGACGGAACCGUCGAGAAGUCAUCGGAAGAAGAAGAAUCAAGAUGGGGAACCUGGGAAGAGCUCUUGUUAGCUUGCGCCGUCAAUCGUUACGGCACAAAGAGCUGGGAUUCCGUCGCCGUUGAACUCCAGAAACGGAGCACCGCCCCUGCGCGGUUGUUAUCGCCUCAUAAUUGUAGACUCAAAUACCUUGACCUCAAACGCCGUUACUCAAACAAAUGUAACGGUAAUGGUAACGUUAAUGAUGACGAUGAAGAUAAGGAGAAAACCGUGUGUGUUCCUUUGCUUGAGGAGUUACGGAAGCUUCGAGUCGCUGAACUCAGACGCGAAGUUGAACGAUACGAUCUAUCCAUCGUGUCUUUGCAAUUGAAGAAACGACGACUCGAGGAAGAGAGGGAACGGAGUCUGCAACAGACUGAAAACGGAGAAUCGAAGUCAGAUCUGGUGAAGAACGAAUGGAGAGGAGCAAAUAACGAAAAAUUUGAAGAAACUGAGAUCGGAAUUAAGCCGGAGGAUAAGUCCUCGCCGGAAUUAGUAGCCGCUGAUGAAGCAUCGGAAGAAGCUUCCGAUAAGGAUCAACAAUCAGUUAACGAAUCGAGCUCUACGGACCCGAAACACAGCUGCAGCUUAAAAAAUAGCGCAGAGAACGAGGAUAAGGCGGAGCCGGUUCGAACCGGAACCGUAAAGACAGAACCGCUCCAAACCGGAAGCAUAAAGGAAGAACCAGAUAAAUGUGGUGAAGAAAGACCGGUUCGUGAAGACUCGUGUAAUGGCAGCUCGGAUAGUGUAGAAAAACCGCCGGUCGGUGUGACAAUGAAAGUCGAACCAGUGAGCGAGUCGCCGGAGUUGGUUGAAUCGAUGGCCGAGUCAAAAGGAGGGGAGGAAGGGACGAAAGAGAACUCAGACGUGCAGAGCUCAGUGAGCAAAUCGAGGAAGAAGUUAGACGAUAUUGUGGUCGGCGGGUGUAGCAGCGGAGAUGAACGUGAGAAGGAGAAUAGAUCUCCCGCCGUUAAAGAAAUACCCGUUGAAUCUCAGCCGUUGAUUGUCUUCCUCGAGAAGAUUAGAAGUCAUAAGCUCGGCUCAAUGUUUGAGCGUCGGCUCGAAAGCCAGGAAGCUGAAAACUACAGCAACUUAAUUAGGCAGCAUGUUGAUCUUGAAAUGGUUCAGACUUGGCUUGAAAAUGGCCGCUACAUAAGUUGCAAAUCCAAAUUCUUUCGUGAUUUGUUGCUGCUUGUCAGCAACGCCAUUGUUUUCUUCAAGAAGAAUUCCUCAGAGUUUGUUGCUGCUACAGAGCUUCGGCAGCUUAUUCUAAAAGAGAUCUCCCGGACAAAAGCCAAGUCAUAUUCUUUAUCCGAUAAACAAACCUCACUAAAAUCAGCAUCCUUGUCCCAGAAAGAGAUAACUAAACCAUCCGACUCUUUGCUAUUGAAGACUAAUAUAUCGGGGUCAAUGAUUGUCUGUCGCAAGCGUAGUUCCAUAACAGCCAAAGCAUCACCAUCAUCAUCUGGAGGUGAUAAAAAGAGGGAGCAAACUAUAACACGACCUGCGGAAAAAUUAGUUGUAGACACGUUGCAGCAGCCUAGUCAACUGGCCACUAAUGCUGGCGAAAAUAGAAUCACAAAGAAGAGAACACGAGAUAGAUUUGCUUCAGGUUCUGCAAGCUUGAAUAAAAACGACAAGAGCCGUCCUAACACUACAUCCAUCAAGAAUUUAGCAGCAGUCGUCGAUAAAAACCAAGGAGAAAGGGAGUCUUCUUCCCAGCAUCCGCAAUCUAAAAGUGAAAGCAGAAACGACCAAUCCAACACGGAUGUGAAGAAACGGGGUGUUGCUAACUUCUUGAAUCGAAUGAAGCAAAGUUCAUCCUCAAACAGCGGUUUGUUGCUAGAUGCAUUGAAGAGCAGGCCACUUAGCUCUGGUAGCAAAGGCGGAUCGGAGCAGAAGAAAAAUGAAAGUGGAACAGAUGGCGGGAGAAAAGAACCAGCAUCUUCAAAAACCCAUCAAAAGAAAGAACCAGCAUCUUCAAAGAACCCUGAAGCAAAGCAAGCAAAGGAAAAAGGCAGUCCAAUGAAAAAGAAUGUAGGGAGGCCACCAAAGAGAGGAGCUGAUCCAUCUCCCCCGUCUCGUAAACGGAGCAGGGAAGGAGCUGAAUCUGCAGCAAUUCCCCCAAAACAACCCAGGAAAAGAUCAAGGAGGUGAUGACACUGUAUAUUGUAUGUAUGAGUUAAAAUUGUUUCUGUGUCCAUUAUAUUUUCCUUUUUUCAUCAUGACGCGCCUCUCCUCUGUUCAAUUGCUCCCUGCCCCCACAGGCAAAAGCUGCAUGGUGCUGGGAAUGGGGGAUUUAAAGAAAGAGGAAAGACAGUUAUAGGGUUCUUUGAAGUUCAUGUUCUGCUUUUGUUGAAGCAUUUUCGUGUUGUAGAAAUAUGUUCACUUUUCACCAAGUGAGAAUACUCUAUUCUUCUUAUUUUAAUAAGUGAUUUUUUCAAAAG